AUGCGCGUGUCCGUGGUCACCUGCGCCGGGCGAGAGCGGCCGCGCGCCGAGGGGCGGCCCCCUCGCAGGAGUGGCCUAUUCACGCACGUGCGCGGCCUCCGGGGGGGGGGCCCAGGCACGCGGGCCGCCGCGGUCGCCUCGCACGCAGCGAUCGGCAGGCCGCACACCGGGGGCCACUCCGGCCCGGGGUCACCACCUGCGCGUGGCCGGCGAGAGCUGGCGGCCCUGGACGCCAGCCCGUCGUGGCGGCUGCGGGACGUGCUCGCGGGGACGCCCGCGCAGGGUGGCGCGCCGGGCAGCCGGAGGCGGGUGUUCCUCGGGGAGACGGAGUUUCGCGGCGGCGCGACCUUGGCCGAGAUCGGUGCCACUGGCGGCAGCGAGCUUACGUUGAUGCUGACUCCCACGCUGCAUGUGCUGACCGCCUCCCAUGACCUCACGGCGAAGAUCUGGCACGCGGAGUCUGGCCAGUGCCUGCGCACGCUGGAGGGCCACGACGGUUUGGUAUGGUCCGCCGUGUUCUCGCCGGACGGGCUGGAGGUGCUGACCGCUUCUCAAGACGGCACGGCGAGGAUCUGGCACGCGGAGUCCGGCCAGUGCCUGCACACGCUGGAAGGCCACCACGAUCGAGUGUACUCCGCCGUGUUCUCGCCGGACGGGCUGCAUGUGCUGACCGCCUCCGGAGACCGCACGGCGAAGAUUUGGCACGCGGGGUCCGGCCAGUGCCUGCGCACGCUGGAGGGCCACCGCGGUGGCGUGGUCUCCGCCGUGUUCUCGCCGGACGGGCUGGAGGUGCUGACCGCUUCUGAAGACGGCACGGCGAGGAUCUGGCACGCGGAGUCCGGCCAGUGCCUGCACACGCUGGAAGGCCACCACGAUCGAGUGAACUCCGCCGUGUUCUCGCCGGACGGGCUGGAGGUGCUGACCGCCUCCUAUGACCGCACGGCGAAGAUCUGGCACGCGGAGUCUGGCCAGUGCCUGCGCACGCUGGAAGGCCACUACGAUCCAGUGUUCUCCGCCGUGUUCUCGCCGCAAUAA